AUGGACCUAUCCCUUCUACGAUCAUCGACCAAAACAUUCUCCAUUAAUGUCUCUUUGAAAGAUGCCAUUCGAUCUCCGCAAAUCAUUUGCACAAGAACACCGUAUGACAAUAGACAAUAUCGUUGCAAAAACGCUUCUCGACGACACGGGAUUAUAGCACUUCAUGUCGAUUUAUCAAUGUUCAUUGAAGGCCAGCAGCAGAGGGAACAUUGCAAGGCUGUGAAGAGGGAAUUUCUGGAGGCUUUAUCAAAUUGCCACAAGGUGCGUGGAGAUCAAAGAUCCAUCGCCGACAUCGCCUCAUUUCACCAAUCCGACCUACUACAAUGGCACGUGGAUGAU